ACAAUUUGUAUUUUCCACAAACGAUGAUUUGAACUUGAUACGAUAGAAGUCAAAUCACCAUGCGACGAUGGCUGUAGAUAUAACACUGCAUUAUAAGUACGUACUACAACAAAACAUUUACAAGCGAUCCGCAUCGCUACGACAGAUUUCAUCCUUGCAACCCCACUUUAAAUGCAAGCAAGACCAUCCACCCUUCGCCAAUGUCAACUUGCUCCAUUCCUUCCACCCCUGAAAAAAAUCAAAAUGUUUGACCGUCACAUUUAGACUCGACAGGUCAUCAAGUCCACGUGGCAGCCUCCACGACGACUCUCUCUCUCUGGGUGGGUGUGGGUGUCGACUUGUUUUGUUUAAGAUUUAAGAAGAAGAAGAAGAAAAAAAAAAGAACUUUGGUUGCAUGCAUGGAUUUCUCCUCCUCCCCCUCAACCGCACCCAUCGCUCCAACAAAACCUCCGAUCGAUCACGACCUCCGCUAGCUUCGCCUUCCGCUUAACCACACCACCCUACCUUUCCUCCCCUCUACUCCUUCAGCUCUCCCAAGCUUCAUCUCCCCCCAGAUCCCCAAUGCUCGCGCCCGCCGCCUCAGAUCCUCCCCCAGGCGGCCCCUCCCCCUCCCCACUCUCUUCUUGAUCCAUCGCAUCGCUGCUUCUUGCUCAUCGAUCCAUCAUGGACGCCGUGGGCGUGGGGGAGCUUGCUGCUGCGGGGAUGCACCACCACCACCACCACCACCACCACCACCACCACAGGUGCAAGGUGUGCGGCAAGGGCUUCUCCUGCGGCCGCUCGCUCGGCGGCCACAUGCGCUCCCACAUCUCGCUCGGCGAGGCGCUGCCGGAGGCCGACGACGACCUCAUCAGGCGCUCCUCCGCCAACGGCGGCCGGACCACCGCCAAUGGCGCCGUCGGCUACGGGCUCAGGGAGAACCCCAAGAAGACGCGUCGCCUGUCCGACUUCGCCGACGAGGAGGAGGAUCAGGGCGGUGACGCCGGCGACCAGAGGGCCUGCCGGGAGUGCGGCAAGCUCUUCUCCUCGUGGCGAUCGCUGUUCGGCCACAUGAGGAGCCAUGCGCCCGGCGCCGCGAGGGACCACGAUGAGUACGACGACGACGUGGACCUGCUGGGAGAGGAGGAGUACUCCUUCGCCGCCGAGGCGGAGGCCGAGGCGGAGAAGGAGGAGGACGAAGAGGAGGUGGAACCGCUGGUGCCGGCGCCGGUGGCUGUCAUGGCCGCGCCGCCCAGGCGGAGGCGCAGGUCCAUGCGCGUGGCGGCGCCGGCCCCCGCGCCGCCGCCGCCGGUGCUGAGCGCGUUCGAGAAGGAGCAGGAGGACGUCGCGCUCUGCCUCCUCAUGCUCUCGCGCGACACCACCGGCGGCAUGCGGGGCUCGCCGGCUGCGCCCAAGCAGGUGCACGUCCCGAGGAACGGCUACGGCUACAAUUCCGACGACGACUCGGCUCUGUUUCAGUACGGCGAGGCCAACAAGACCAAGAACGUCGCCAAGAGCAAGAAGCGAAGGACCAGCCAUUACGCGCUCAACUCCUCCGUCUCGACCAAGCAACGGAGCGAGGCCGCGCCGCCACCGCCGAAGCGCACCCGCUACGAGUGCCCGGGGUGCGGCAGGGUGUUCAGCUCCUACCAGGCGCUGGGCGGCCACCGCGCGAGCCACAAGCGGAUCAACACCAGCUGCAGCGCCCCCAAGGCCGCCGCCGCCGCCGCCGCGCCGGAGCCGAGCGUCGACACCUACACCUCGUUCGGCACCCUGUCCCCGUCGGCCUCGCCGGACUCGGUGGCCAUCGGCAUUGGUGCCGCCAACAAGAAGCCAGCCGCCGAGGCGGAGAAGUUCGAGUGCCCGGUCUGCUUCAGGGUGUUCGGAUCGGGGCAGGCGCUGGGCGGGCACAAGCGGUCGCACGUGAUGGCCGACACGGCCUUCUCUUCCGACGGCGAGCUCUACGGCAGCACCAGCGUGACCGAGGAGCAGGAGCAGGGGUACCCGGUGGCGGCCGCGGGGUCGCUGGACCUCAACUUCCCGCCGGCUCCAUCGGAGGAGGCCUGAACCCGGACUCGGCCGACGACGCGCCGUUUGAGCUCGAUCCGCCUUCCAGAACCAGAAGCACAAGCUCGAUCCGCAAGCAAACCGAGGCCAUCAAUGGGGGAUGUGUACAGAUUGAUUCCAUUCGUUUCCGUCAUUCUUUCCAAGCGACGCUAGCUCCACUCCAAGCUCCAAAAUAGAAAGAGAGAGAAUCUUCCCAAGAAACCCAAGAAGAAGAAGAAGAAGAAGAAGAAGAAGAGUUCAGCUGAUCAGCAAGCAUUCAGGUUCUUGAUUAGGAAAAAGAAAGAAAGAAAGAAAGAAUACAUUUUUCUUUUCGUUUUGCUGCAUUCCUUUUUUUGAUUUCAUCUCCGGAUGGACAGGAUUAAUAAGCCGGCCUGCGAGUUAGUGGCCAACAAAGAUUAGUAACUCGAAUGCUAUUCCUUUUUAUUUUACCCGGUCGUCAUAGUUUAUUCCCUUCUAUUUCUUCUCCGCCUCCGGAUAUUUGGUGUUAUUUUUAGCCUUGCUGUUAGCCAUGCAAAUUGCUACCCAUGUGGUGGUAACUCAAGUACUGAACCCCCGUGAAUUCCUGGGUCAA